CACGGGUUACCAGAGCUGAGCGGGUGGAUCCGAUCGUGGAGAGAAGAGGAGAGAUGCUGCAGCGGAGUUAAUGAACUAGAGAAAGGCAGCAUUGCUUCUAACUACAGAUAGUUUGGCCACAAGACAGCAUCCCCUCAACAAGUGUGUUACGUCAGAUCCAUACAUGCACUCUGACCAUGCUGGAAGAGGAUAUUGAAGUGGCCAUCAAAGUGGUGGUGGUUGGCAAUGGUGCAGUUGGUAAAUCAAGCAUGAUUCAGCGGUACUGCAAGGGGAUUUUCACUAAGGACUACAAGAAAACCAUUGGAGUGGAUUUCCUGGAAAGACAGAUUCAAGUUAAUGAUGAGGAUGUCAGAUUAAUGUUAUGGGAUACGGCAGGCCAAGAGGAGUUUGAUGCUAUAACGAAAGCCUACUAUCGGGGUGCUCAGGCAUGCGUGCUGGUGUUCUCCACGACUGACAGAGAGUCCUUUGAGGCUAUCCCAAGCUGGAAAGAGAAGGUUGAGGCUGAAGUCGGAAAUAUCCCUACAGUCCUGGUACAGAACAAAAUUGACCUCCUGGAUGAAACUGUACUUAAAAAUGAAGAGGCAGAGGCACUAGCUAAAAAGCUGAAACUUAGGUUUUAUCGGGCUUCUGUGAAGGAGGAUCUAAAUGUCAAUGAAGUCUUCAAGUAUCUGGCCGAUAAGUACCUUCAGCGACUGAAACAGCACACCACUGAAGAAAAGGAUCAAGCCCUCACGACAAGCAAUCGCAUAGGAGUAUUUAACACAGCUGGCGGCAGUCACUCUGGCCAGAAUUCCAGCUUGAUAAACGGUGGAGCAGUUAUCAGCCUUCGGCCAAACAAGCAGAGGACCAAGAAAAGCAGAAGCUUAGGGGGCCGCUGUGGAAAACUCUAGCCUUCCAUUGCAGCACCAUGUCAAUGUGUACUGUCUGUGCAACUGUUCAGAUCAGUAAGGGUCUUUAAUUUAGAUAUUUGACACUUCAGCAGUAGGUUAUAAUUGUGGACACUGCAGUACUUGACUAUCCACGGUUCGGUUAGUGCAGAGGCUUCGGAAAACAAAUCACUCGGUCCAAAUUCGGCUGAAGGUUGUGUUAGUGUAAAAGAGGAGCCAUGCCUGGCUGUAAACGGAACACGCGAUCACUGGCACAUCCGAUUUGCUACAGCUUUGUGUGGAUUGGUUCAGAGAUAUUAGGUUUGUUUACAGGUUAGUCACCUGCUUUAUUCCGAAAAUCAAUGUGCUCAAGUUGUGCAGCGUUUCUGCAUUCGGCCAGAUCUAUGGCAUUAUCUGAAAGGAAAGCAGUAAUGAAUGCAGUGUGAUUAAUCCUUGAAAGCACUUUCUUCAAGUGAGAGAGUAGCCCAGUUACCAGGACCAAGAAUCACCAGACUGAGCUUAAAAUACUUUACUUUAGGGAAUCUACUAAAAACCCUUUUUUUUAAAAAAAAGUAAGCAUUGUAAUUAUGAAAUUAUGUUGUCAUUUGAACAGAUGUAAUGAAAACAUUGCCAUUUGUGCUUUACAUUUGUGAUUGUUAAUUGAUGGAACUAACACUAAUGACUUGUGCAAUAUUUCAGUGUUGGACGCAGUUGAAGCGAGAUAUUUUGCUACUAGGAGUAGUAUUUUUUCAUAUUCAGAUGGUUUGAGUUGAUUGUACUGUUUAGAUAGGUGUUUAAAAAAAUCGGCAUUUGAUAUUUUAAUGUUUGUAGACAUAAAUUUGCUGUUUGUACACUUAAGACAUUUUUCUAUUAAGAAUGUGUAAUCAUGUGUGUCGAUUGUUUGCAUGUAAGAUUUUUCUUCUUAAGCCUUAUUAUUCAGAACAAGAGACUUGCAUGAG